UGUUCCCUUAUUUCCUCUCUUUUACUUCUCCAAGUGAACAAACUUUAAUUUGAUAAUCAGUUUUGGUGCUUAAUUCUUCAUCCAUCCCAUUAUUCUUUACUUUCUUAAAUAUUUUUAUUAGUCAUGAACAACAUUUCUGUAAUUAAGGCAUUUGGAACCUUUGUUCUUGCAUGGUUCAUUAUUUUUCAAGGUCAUAUUGUGGUUGUACAUGGAGAUUUUAAUUAUCAAGAUGCUCUUACUAAAUCAAUUAUUUUUCUCGAGGCACAGCGAUCAGGAAAACUUCCUCCUAAACACAGGCCCUUAUGGAGAGGAGAUUCUGCCCUUCAAGAUGGAAAAUCUGCAAAUGUGGACCUUGUAGGAGGAUACUAUGAUGCUGGAGACAAUGUGAAAUAUGGGCUUCCUAUGGCUUUUACAGUAACAACCCUAGCAUGGGCUGCUAUCGCUUAUCACUCCCAACUCCAAGCUGCUGGAGAAUUGGAAAAUGUUCAAUCUGCCAUCAAAUGGGGCACUGAUUAUUUCUUGAAAGCCAGUUCCAAGCGUAAUCGCCUCUACGUCCAGGUCGGGGAUCCAGUGAAAGAUCAUGAAUGUUGGACAAGGCCAGAAAACAUGAAAACGCCAAGAACUGUACUAAUGAUAGACCAGAAUAAUCCAGGAACAGAGAUUGCUGCUGAGACUUCUGCAGCAAUGGCAGCUGCUUCUAUUGUGUUUCGUGGAACUAAUCGUUCCUAUUCCCGUCAACUUCUCAACAAAGCCAAACUGCUUUUUCAGUUUGCCAAAAGUCAUAAAGGAACCUAUGAUGGGGAAUGCCCUUUCUAUUGCUCCUUUUCUGGCUAUCAUGAUGAGUUGUUGUGGGCAGCAACAUGGCUGUAUAGAGCAACCAGGAGGCCAACAUACAUGGAAUUCAUCCAAGAAGAGGCUACUACUGCAACGGUAGCUGAGUUUAGCUGGGACCUUAAAUAUGCUGGAGCUCAAAUACUCCUCUCUAAGUUCUAUUUUGAAGGGGAGAAAGAUUUAGAGAACUUUAAGCAACAAGCUGAUGGUUUUGUUUGCUCAAACCUUCCUCAUAGCCCCCAUCACCAGGUUCAUUUGUCUCCAGGGGGUCUGCUUCACCUUAGAGAUGGAGCCAAUUCUCAAUAUGUUACUGGCGCGGCUUUUCUGUUUAGUGCUUAUAGUGAUUAUCUAGCCAAGUACAAGCAAAUGGUCAGCUGUGGUAACAAACGGUUCAAUUCUGCUGAUCUCAUGGCCUUUGCCAAGCAACAGAUGGACUAUCUACUAGGCAAAAACCCGAGAGGAAAAUCAUACAUGGUUGGUUUUGGGAACAAACCUCCAACUCAAGCUCAUCAUAGAGGUGCCUCUGUCCCAAAAAUGUCUCCAGACAAAGCAGUGGACUGCUCCAUGAGUUUUGUUUACUGGUACAACACAGAAAAACCCAAUCCUAAUGAGCUAACAGGCGCCAUUGUUGGUGGUCCUGAUAAAUAUGAUAACUUUGAAGAUCGUCGUUCAAGUUCAUCCAUGACUGAGCCGACAACAUAUACAAAUUCUUUGGCCGUUGGUGUCCUUGCAAAGCUCGCGAAGCACCAUGCUCCGUCUUGAUCACCUACCUAGAUGUUCAUUAUGGUGAAGAUUUACGAAGGUGUAUAAGUAGUUUUUUUGCUGAUGAAUUUAGAGUAUGAAUGGUGAUGUCUCUGUAGGUCCUAUAUAGUGACAGCUCCGGAUAGCUGGUUGCAAGGGUUGGAGCAAAUAAGCUCGAGUGUGUCUCUCUUUUGUACAGAUUAGAUUUGUUUAACUUAGAAUCUUGGUACUACUCUUGUAAUGUUGAUUAGUUACAAGGAGUUAAAGUCUGAACCCAAGAAGAGUGCUUUCUUGUGGUAGUUUUACAGAUAAAAUGUUAUGUACAUUUGUAUGGAGACAGAAAUUUGAAUAACAGUCAUUCCA